UCUCUUAAGCAACCAUUAAAGGUCCAGGAGCCCUCUCCAAUUUUCAAACUAACAUCUUUAUCAGGAAGCAGUAGUGGAUGAUGGGAAGUGCAAUCCAAGAACACUUGUCCACCUCUGCUCUACAGAUGCAAGAGAACCUGUUCUAGACAUACAUGGGGCUUGCAAGAUUGAAGAAAGCAACACAUUCGAUGCUUUUAGAAAUAGUUCUACAUGCAGAAAAAAAUAAGUGAAAGAAUGAGAAUCAUGCAAUAGUCCAGAAGUUGUUAGACUCCAUCUCCCACCAUUCCUCACCAUUUGCUAUGCUGGCUAAACCAGGGCGGCCAGACGUCCUAAGUGCAAAGGAGGACAAGGCACCGCAAAAUGAAGGACAUUCAAGAAAAAUGUAGGGCAGCGCUGAAUAAAUGCUAAAAACACCAAUAUAAAUAUAAAUACAUGCUUCUUAGUCAUGCUCAAAACAGAGGACGUUUUGGAAUUCCACCUGGAAAGAAGGCUGGAAUGUAGGACAUGUCCUGGAAAAGGAGGACAUCUGGUCAUCCUGGGUUAGACCUGUUGGGUCUUGCAGUCCAUUAUCAACCAGAGACCCUCCUGAUUCCCACCCUUGAAAUAAACCAAUGAAGAAUGUGUAAUUCUAUGCAAUUCAACAGGUUUAGACUUACUUCUGAGCAUCCCUGCAGGACCACUUCCCAACAUGGCUCUAGCCAGAGUGAGCUUCACCUGUUGCAUCUCUGCAUCAAUAGGAAAAGGUGAGAAACUCUAAGCAUGCACACUUUCCUAGGAGCAUUGAGCAAGGCUUACUCCCAAGUAAACCUGCCUCAAAUUGCAAUGGCACAUGGAAGGAGAAACAACAACAACCCUGGUUCCUUUUAUCCCUUAUUUUGGAAGACUUUUGCUUCCAAAAAAGGCCGAGAGUAGACUAUUGGGAGCGAAGGAGGAGGAAAUGGAUUGUAAAAUAAGUACUGUACAAACAUAUUGCCUUUCUUGCUCAAGCAUGGGAAUUAUGCCCUUCCAUAAGUUGACACAUUCCAGCAUCCAUCACUAUUGGUGAUUCUGGUUGGGGCUGCUGGGAGAUGCAGCCCCCCAUUUCCAACCCUUGUGCACUUAGCUCUAUGGCACACACCUGAUGGAGGUUUUUCACUCCUAAUUCUAUAAAAACUAGGAUGGUUCCCUGGUUAGUGAAGGAUUUAUAGUUGGUUUAGGAGAGGCUGGAAAGAAAGAAGCUUGCAACAUCCAGCUUUGGUAGAGAUAUUUUCCUGUGGUUUUGUAAUUUACCUGUUUGUUUCCAGGUGCAUUUGGAAUUAAGGCAGCUGAAGCUCUUCUAGCACCAGCAGCUUAAAAGAGACCAUGAAAGACGAAAUUGCAGUGACGGUGUUCUUCAUCACACGCCUGGUGAAGAAGUACAACAAGCUGAGUAAGCAUCAGGUGGAGAUGUUUGCCGCUAAGCUGAUGACUAUCCUGUUUGAGAAGUACAAGAAUCACUGGUACCCUGACAACCCCUCAAAAGGGCAAGCCUACAGAUGUAUCCGGAUCAACAGAUUCCAGUUGACUGAUCCCUUACUGGAUCAGGCGUGUGCAGAGAGCAAUGUUGAUUUCUACAGCCUUGGCCUACCAAAGGAGAUGACUAUUUGGGUUGACCCGUUUCAUGUGUGCUGCAGAUAUGGGGAGAAUAACCCGCCGUUCACCGUGGCUCAGUUUGAAGGGAGCGAAGAGGCUCACGCUAUUUCCCAGCGCAUCCGUCAGGCAGUGGAUAAGGCUUCCGACUCCAGUUCUAACCCGUCCUCCGAUGAGGAAAGCUCUGUCUCAGAGCCCAAGACUAUUCCAACUGUUAGUAACCCCAACAGUGUCUACCAGUGUGGUGAGCCAUUGCAAGCCUGGUCCCAAUACACUCGCCGGAAAGCCCACGUCCCAGACGGACUCCACCAGAAUCCUGCCAACUCUUACUACUGUCAGUACAAGGCUUACAAAGCCUGUCGGCCGCUGGCCCCUUUCACUGGCCCACGUGUGGACAGGUACCACUGGGUUAAUGCCAACCGGUAACGCUGGGACUGUGUCUUCUCCACUUAGUUCCGCAUGGAGUGAGGAUGGCUUCCGUCGAAAGAUGGCAAGGAGGUUGGAAAAGCCCCCCCCAGAAGAGAAACUUCUUCAAGCUCUUAAUACGAACCUUGUUUCUUCUGUCCCCGGUUCUCCCUUUUUUUUAAACAUGAUUUUCCUCUUGUAUUUCUGACUUUUUAAAUAUGUACUCGGAGGCGAAGGACUCCCUUUUUUUAAACGUGAAAAAUGUGCUUUUAUGACAAAAAUUCAAGAUUGAACUUCACUUGUA